UCGCCCCCGCGUUAAGGCGUCUUGCCAUCGUCGUGUCGCGUCAUCUCUUUGUUUACAACUAACACUAACAAUUCUUUGUGUUCUGGAAAUGGCAACUCAACUCUUUGUUCUUGUGUAGUUACCCUCUGUGUUCAUCAAAGAAAUGGCUGUCGACACACAGUCCGACUCACAGGAAACCAACUCGACAUCGUUGGUGGAAGACUCUUUAAACAUUACCUUCAAAAACAUCAGCUACAAAGUUCGACAUGGUUUCUUUGCUGGAGGACGCAAGACAAUUCUUAACGAAGUCAGUGGACAAUUCAACGCGGGUGAUCUAAGUGUCAUCAUUGGUCAGUCCGGUGCAGGAAAGAGCUCUCUAAUGGAUAUAUUAGCAGGAUAUACAAAGCCUACAAAUGGUAGUAUUUGUGUGAAUGGUCGAAUUCGCAAUGAGAAAAUGUUUCGAAGACGAUCCUGCUACAUACUACAAGAUGACAAAAUCCAUGAAAUGCUUACUAUACAAGAAUCCCUGACGAUUGCCGCUGAGCUGAAAUUAGGAAAUCACGUCAGCAAACAGCAGAAACAACAACGGAUCGAAGAAAUUAUAGCAUCCUUAGGCGUGACUAAGGUGCGAAAUUCGAGAGCAUGCAACUUAUCGGGAGGUCAAAAGAAAAGACUAGCAAUUGGACUAGAAUUAGUCAACGAUCCACCCGUCAUGUUCUUAGAUGAACCAACCAGUGGCUUGGAUAGUUCAAUAUCGAAACAAUUGAUGUACCUCCUGCAUCUAUUAGCGAGGCAAGGAAGAACGGUAGUGAUCACUAUGCACCAGCCCUCCGCGAUGCUUCUUUACAUGGUUGAUAGGCUCUACGCAGUGGCUGCAGGGAGGUGUGCGUACAUGGGAUCCGUGCAGCGACUCCUACCGUACUUGAACACAAUGAACCUCAUAUGUCCUCCAUACCACAACCCUGUUGACUUUUUUAUAGAAAUAUGUCAAGACAAUGAAGAUACAUUAGUUGAAUGCUCAAAUAAUGGGAAAAAUGAAAAUUGGACACAAAAUACGCCAAAUGAGACCGAUAGAAAGUUAAUAGAAUACAAAAGAAGUAAAUCUGAAGAAGUAUAUUUGACAACACUGCCUCCACCUAAAGAGGACCCAACUAGUAAAAUCCUGUUAGCCCUUAAAAGCACAUAUCCAACCUCCUCAUGGAAGCAAUUUACAAUUCUGACUAGAAGAGCUUUAAUGUCCAUCUGGCGCAAUCCGUCCUUCACGAUAAUGAUCACGGGCAUACAUUGCUCAAUGGCUUUAUUUGUUGGCUUUCUCUUCUACAAUGUUGGUGAAGAUGCUAAAUAUGUCAGAGACAACUACAAUUUCCUCUACUUUAGCCUUAUGUUUUUGAUGUUCACGGCAUUCAGUGCUGUAACUAUUAGUUUUCCAGAGCAGAUCCCUGUUAUACGAAGAGAGCACUUUAACCGAUGGUAUAAUACUGGAGCUUACUACGCAUCGACACUAGCCUCUGUAUUACCAACACAAACCGCCUGUACGCUUGCGUUUGCCUGCAUAACGUAUUGGUUGACGGGCCAGCCCAUAGAUUAUAUACGAUUUCUAACAUUCUGCUGUACACUUUUAUUAGUCUCGUACGUGGCGUUGUGCAUUGGUCUCUUCAACGGAUCUAUGUUUAAUAUAAAGAAUGGUGUUGUCUUUGGGCCGUUCUUCAUAAUGCCGUUUACAAUAUUCUCUGGAUUCUUUCUUCGAUACAGCGACGCGCCCGUUUUUAUGCAAUGGUUGUUUCAAUUAUCAUUUCUAAAGCACGGUCUUGCUGGUUUAGUUAUAUCCAUUUUUGGAAUGGACCGGCCGAAACUUUUGUGCACAGAUAUAUAUUGCCAUUACGCACAACCUGUGCAAUUCUUGAAAGAUAAUGGAAUGUUGGGUGAGAAGUUCUCAAUUGUCGUUGCUGCCUUAUUUGCCAUCGCGUUUGUGUUCAUAGCCUGUUCCUAUGGUGUACUAAAGUUAAGAUUAAAGAGCAAAUGGUGAAAUUUAAUCACAUACCUUUUGGGUAGAGACAUCCGGCGUAUUUGAUUAUGGCUGUGAUUAGAACUGACGCAUACAUAUUUGAAACAUAUGUUUCAUUAUAUAAUUAAUAUAUUUCAAAGGACGUAUUUAAUCUAAGAACAAAUACCAAAAUAUUGAAUAAUUACAAGCUUAAGUAAAAAUUCUUACUGAUUUUGAAAAUAAUCGCUUAAACUUCUGGACAAUAAUUGAAGUGUAAGUUAUAAACCUAAAAUAAAUAUUUUAUCAGAGUAAUAUAUAAUAUUACAUAUGACUUUAAAUAGUAAAUUGCUUUACGAUUAUUACUGGUAAUAUAUUGCCCAAAUAUGUAGUUUUGUGAUGAGAAUCUCAAACGGUGCAAUUGAUCUUGCUACAUACAACAGUAUAACUGUAUAAACUUUACAGAUGCAAGGUAAUUGUUAAACUUAAACUAGAACCUUAAACGUGCUCAUCUGGAUUACAUAUACUAUGUCAUAUACCUCUAGCUCACGAUGUGUUCUUUAUAAAGUAAUAUAUCGAUUUAUGUAUAUUAUUGAUCUGUAAAUAAUUUAUAUAUAAAUUUCCUGACGUGUUGUGUUAGAGUAUUAUAUCAGCAGUGCGAUUCUGUAAGAACUCACAUUAUUACUCAUUCGUUAAAUGUUGACAACUGACUUUAUGGCGAUAUACUUUUUUGAUGCGUGUAUUUUUGAAAUGUUAUGAUUAUUACGGUCAAUAUCACGUCCGUCUGCGGUGAGUUUCAUGUUUGUUCUUACAGAAUAGCCCUAUAGUACUUAAUCUGAAAGAACAAACUCAAAACUCAAUCAUAACACGAUCAAUAUAUGUUAUAAAAUGAUCUGCGACAUUCGCUUUAAGAUUUGAAACAUUUAAAGCAUGUGCGAAAAACACCGUAGUAACACCGUAAAUUGAUUUUCAAUAGUUCACGAGUGAGAUACUAAAAGAGUUCUUACAGAAUAGCACUACAGGGGGCCCAGAAAUUUAAUAUAUCGUAUUGGUAUUGUAUCGUGUGGAGAUGUUAUAUGUAUUUGAUCACGUGAUCAAAGAUUUAUUAAAGACGGACGAUAGAAACAGUUUCAUUUCGAAUCGGAUACAUUUGUCAAAGUCCUAUAGCCUAGUUUACCUUGUUAUGUUAUAAACAUAUAAUAAAACUGCAAUAGUCAUUGCAUUAGAAAAUAAACAUUUGUAUAAAAGUUUAAUAUGUUAUUAUUAAAAUAAUGCAUAACUUUUAUUAUACAGCAAGUUUCGGCCUUUGCAAAAUUAUCAUACCUUUUCUCGGGCUUCAGUCAUUUCUACAAUAAAAUUCUGUGGAUUAUUCUACAUUUAUCAAUCAAUAAAUCUACAGCUUAUCAGUCAUUCAAUGAUAAGACUAUACAUGAUUAUAUCAUUGACAUAAAAACGCGUUAGUAUUGAAAUAUUUUCAUUAUUCUAUACAUUUAAUUAUUGUUGUAAAUAAUAUAUGCGUGUAUUUUAAUUAGCAAAUAAUAAUAACUGCCGAGUUUCUUGCCGUUUCUUUUCGCUUAAGUCUAUGCUCCGAACAGGUACUUGUAACUAAAUCUCCUUGAGUAAAGUAUAUUUUGAUUUUAUUGAUAAUAGACCAAAGAUACUUUUCAUUUACAUUUCUGUUUUUUUUGCCUAUAUAUGUAAAAAUAAAUUGAAUCUUAAUGAGACAUGGAUGGAAUGGAUGAAACCCAUAACAUUUUUGGAUUCCUUGGGUAUUUUAUAAAAACUUUAUUUAUAUUUCAAAGUCUAUGCGCGUGAUGUUACAGUCACAACUCUUACAAUAGCAAUACAAAGUAUGUGAUAAGUUCCCACCGAAGACAUCACUAACAUAACGAAAUCAAAUUUCAAUUCCUCCCUUUCAAAAGAUAUCAAAAUUUUAACAAAUAAUAUUUUACCAAAUGAAUUGCAAAUAAAUCUGUACUUAUAACAUAAAACUAAAGAGUUCGUUGGUUGAACGCGCUAUUCACAGAAUCUACGAGAUAGUCAUGCGUCAGAUAGCUCAGUUAUUGAGAGAGGCUAUGAAAUCACACUAGGUUCCACGGGAGCGGAGCAGUCAAGUUUAACACGGUAGCAGCUGGUAUCGAGUAAUACCUGCCUGCCUUGUGCAAACCGCGCGCGAUUAGAAUGGGGAUGCGAUUUUUUGUAAUUGGAAUUGAGGCAUGCCCAGUAGCGGUAGCGUCGGAAAAAUCGCGUCAAUGCUUGCGAGUCGAUGUUAAUUACUUGCUGUCGUGGAUUUGUUACUACAUUAUUUUAGAGAGUUAUGAUAGUAUGUUUAUUUUAGGGAAUAGAUUAAUUACGAAAAGAGAGAGGUAAAAUUUUGAAGUCGAUUACACGAAAUAAUACUGGCAUAUACAUAUAUAGACAUAGCUACUUCGAAAUUCUUUCUGUACUGUGAACUGUCAAUUUAAAUUUACUUUGACAAAGAUUUUUGCCAUUCUCAUAGUGCGCAAAUAAUAAACAUACGGUUUAUAUUUUGUAAAUAUACUAGUAAAAAUAUUGUUAGAAUCGCUAGGUGAAGUGUAUUCCAUAUCCAAGUGUUAUUAUAUAGUUAGAUGGGUAAUGUUUCUUGUCAAAUUUAGAUUUUACGUUUAAUUUAAGAAAUAAACCGGUGUAUGAUCUGUAAUAUACAUUAUCUUUAAUGGACGUUGUAUUAUACCUAUCCCGUCAGUCAUAUCCCAAACAGGUAAAAUAUCUAAGGAUACAUUCCAAUAGCAUAAAUCAAAACAGGCAUUAAAUAUUCAUCUGUGAUUUAGAGCUAUUUCGUCUGUAUAGCAGUUACUGUAAUUUUAUUGUAUAAAAAUGAGAUUUUUGUAUAAGUAUCGAGUUAUUACAAUUAACGUUGUUAUUUAUACAUGAACAUGGUGUUUUUAAAAUAAAAAUAUGAUUA